AUGAGUGAGAGUAUUAAUACCACACAGGUUAGCCUGGGUCGAAAUUCUCACAUUCCUGCUUGUACCGAAUGUCGAGCUCGGAAAGCGAAAUGCACCAAGACUCGACCAUCGUGCGCACACUGUAGAGCUCUGAACCAGCCCUGUGUGUAUCCAGAAAAGGUGGUGAGGUCGCCUUUGACUCGGCAACACCUCACCAAAGUCGAAAACAGAUUGGAAGUGCUUGAAGCGGCACUGGAGAAGCUAUUUCCAGGAGGAGCCACCGAGACCCUAAUUCGUUCGUUGCUGAGUGACUCACCGGGUUGUCAUGUUUCUUCUCAACCGAUCAGCACAGAACCGACCUCAGUUUCCAACACACCUGUCCAUUUGACGAACGAGAAUGAACGAUCCCUGGUUUCCCAGCAGGAAGAUAUAAUCGGCAAUUCAACAAAUAACUUGCCUGACAUUGAGAUGGACGAAUCUCAAAGCUCCUUGGAUGCCCAUAUUUUGGACCUCAAUCCGAGUGAUUUGCGGACUCCAAUGACAGAUAUAGAUGAGCCUAGACUGAUUCGAGCGUAUUUUGAACAUUACCAUACCAUCUUCCCCUUUGUUCAUGAAGCAACGUUCAUGAAACAAUAUGAGAUAAGAAGCCUUACGCCGCAAGACUGCGAAUGGGCAAUUCUCUGCGAUAUGGUAUUAGCAGUGGGUUCAUGGUGCCUGCAAGCCAAUGAGGGCAUGAACAACGGCCACAGUUUCUCUAAGCGAGCAAAGAAGAGGUUGGACCAGUUAUCUAUUCUUGCCCAAGCCUCUAUUAGCCUGAUCCAGGCACUACUUCUGAUGAGUCACUAUUACGAAAAAUAUGGCCAACCGAGAGAUAGCUGGACCUAUCUCGGUCUUGCAACUCGGAUGUCGAUCAGCCUAGGGCUGCACAAGGAGUCAACAUAUUCUCGGAAUGAUAUUUCCCCCUUGACUAAAGAGACUUGGCGAAGAGUUUGGUGGAGCGUGUAUUGCUUUGAUAGUUGCACAUCGAAGAUCCAUGGUCUGCCCCUCCUCCUACCAGAGGACAAACUGGUUACCGUCAGACCGGUAUCGAAUGUAGCCGAUGAGGACCUGACGGAGUUAAGUCAGUCUCAUCCGAACGAGCGGGACGAUUGGACAAUAUAUACCGGACUGAUUUUGCAGUCCAGCUAUCACCGAAUGGCAAAUAGUAUUAACCACCGGAUACUCUCUAUAGAUCAUGUAACUGUCUUUGAUGUGAAGACAUACGAGCAAAUGAUUAAUGAUUGGCAUAAUAGCAUCACACUCUGCACGCAGCAUACCAUGGUGGAUCAGCUGCCUGACUGGGCUCGGUAUGCACGCGAUCGGCAAAUGCUCUGUGAUCGGAGCCUCCGACUCCUCAUUCAUCGCCCGGCGCUUCUUGACUGGUUAAGAAGGAAACAGAUCUCUCACGGACAGGCCAACCUCGGGGAGGAACCAAGCGAGCGACAAUGCCGUGCUAGUGGUCUCAAUCUGGCUCGGGGAACCAUAAAGCUCACUUCACGCCUGAUCCAAGACCAUCAGUAUUCUAACGUUGCUCUCUCUUUUAUCCUCUAUGCCCUCUUGCACGCCGUCCUCGUUCCUAUUAUCCAUCUGAAGGCUGAUCCGUCUGUUCCCGAGUCUAUAACAUGGCAUCAAGACAUCGAGGAGGCCAAGCAAACACUGUCCUGCCUUUCAACUCAACAUGACGCCUUGGCAACUCAUUUUCUAGUCAUCCUCAAUCAGGCCGCCUCCUCGUCUUUUACGGCCACCGAUGAGAGCCCGAAUAUGAUUUCCGAUCCGCUGCAGCCCCAUGAUCUGCAGCCUACGGCGACGGGCAUAUUUGGUAAUAGUGAGCUCAGACUAUUAGAGCCUAACACCGCGGGGCCUAAUUCAUUGGCCUUUUCGGAAUGGUUGAAUGGUUUAUCAUAGGCUAUAUGCUUUCAAUCCAACGCUUUCAUGGUAGGUACACCACUUGUUCGAGACGUCUCGGUUCAUUUAUCAAGCUUGCAUGUUGAUAGGCC